CACAUCUCGCGAUAUUUCCAGACUAUAAAUACAGCUGCUGUCGAGUUAUCCAGCAUCAGUCCAGUCAGUUCCACAGUUUGGAAAACUCUCCCAGUGAUCGAUUGUUUUUAAGAAGAAAUGGCAGCAGCUGAAGUCAUGUCAAAUCAGAGCGUGGUGGAGCGGGUGACCAACCUCCCUCUGGUCAGUUCCACCUACUGCCUGGUGUCCAGCGUGUACUCCAACACCAAGGACAACCACCCUUACAUCAGGACCGUGUGCGAGGCCGCGGAGCAAGGGGUCCGCACCAUCACCUCCGUGGCCCUCACCACCGCCUCGCCCAUCAUCGACAAGCUGGAGCCUCAGAUUGCCAUCGCCAACGACCUGGCAUGCAAAGGUUUGGACAAGAUUGAGAAAACCCUGCCGAUCCUCCACCAGCCCUCUGAGCAGAUCGUUUCCAGCGCCAAGGAUGUGGUAACCACCGCCAAAGACGUGGUGACGGGCACCGUGUCCGGGGCCAAGGGGACGGUCUCGGAGACCCUGACCAGCGUCGUGGAGAGGACGCGGGGCGCCGUGCAGGACGGGAUGGUGAAGACCAGGGCCGUCGUCAGCGGCAGCGUGAGCACGGUGCUGGAGAGCAGGGUGGCGCGUCUGGUGAGCAGCGGGGUGGACACGGCCCUGAGCACGUCCGAGAGUCUGGUGGAGCAGUAUUUGCCUCUGACGGAGGACGAGCUGGAGCUGGAGGCGAAGACCAUGAAAGGCGUCGACAAAAAGGAGCCGAGCUACUACGUCCGCCUCGGCUCCCUCUCCACCAAGCUCCGAAAGAGAGCCUACACCAAAGCCGUGGCCGGAAUACAAGACGGCAAGCAGCGCAGCAUGGAGUUCAUCUCUGAGCUCAACUCCACGGUCGACCUGAUUGAAUACGGCAGAAAGAACAUUAAUGGCGCAAACAAGAUGGUAAAUGAGAAGGUGAGCUCCUUGGUGGCAUGGAAGUCCAACAGGUCAACCCAGGAAAACGGACACGAUGCGGAGGCUAUUGAGUCCCGCACCUUGGCCCUGGCCCGCACCCUCACCCAGCAGCUCCAGACCACCUGCCUGGUCAUCGUCUCCAGCGUGCAGGGUCUCCCGAACCACAUCCAGCAGGAGGCGCUCUCCCUCAGCCACUCGGCCGCGCAGAUGUACAACGGCUUCAGCAAAGCGAAGGUGUUCGGGGACCUGCCCGACAGCGUGAUCACCACCAGCAGGGUCACGCUGGGCAGGAUGAAGGAUUCCCUGGACAACGUCAUGGAUUACCUGGUCAACAACACGCCGCUCAACUGGCUGGUGGGGCCCUUCUACCCGAGGCUGGCUCCGGAGCCCGAACCCGCUCCCGGCUCCUCGUCCCCUCAGCCGCCGCACAGGGAGGAGCCGAUGGAAGUGGAGAUGGAGCAACUGCAGUCUCAGCAGCAGCACUGACCCGUCCCAGCUUUACGUAUUGUGUCUUAUUAUGCCAUAUGUUUUGUGACGGCGUGUAGCCUGAAGUCAGCCAGAAUCUUAAGAUUUUAUACUUUUUAUUCUAGUUUGAAUCACAGUCUCCACAAAAAUGUGAUUUAAUUUUAUUUUAUAAGCGAUAUCCACUUUUAAAUUUGGGGAACGUUUCAAGAAACCAACAUUCACAUGACAUAUUUUAUUUCGUCAUAUGCUGACGAUAUGCUGUACUCCAUUUACAAAUCAGCAGUUUUAACUAUCCUCUUUAUACACGUGAACCUUCCUUUUAUAAAUGGUGGAAGUAUUACUCAUGUGCAAUGCUGUAUCAACUAUCAUCUGUGAUAUGUAGUAACACAAAUCCAGCAGUGGCUGCUGUUUCAUGAUAUAACGAAGCAUCAUCGAAUGUUCAGGCAUCUUUACACAUGUUCUCUGUCCUGAUAAUGAAACAAACUAACCCACAAUAAAAGUUGAGAUGAACUUUC